AUGCAUCUUCAGUCAUACGUCGCUGCUGCCAUCUAUGGGCUGCCCGCCCUUGUGAACGCGAUUCCCUCGCCUGUCUCCUCCACUGCUCCCUCCCCGUCGCCCAGUGGCUCCAGUUCGGAUCACUUCAAGGAGUACACCAUCAAGGCGGAGAACAUCACCGUCAAGCUUAUUCCAUACGGCGCGCGCUUGACAUCUCUUCAGGUUCCGGACCGCGACGGCAACAUUCAAGAUGUUCUGGUCGGGUAUGACCACCCAACCGAGUAUCUGCACGAUACCGAGACCAACCGCACCUUCUUCGGUGCCGUUGUGGGACGUUAUGCCAACCGGAUCAAGAACGGCACCUUUUCAAUCGACGGUGACACCUAUCACAUUCCAGAGAAUGAGAACGGCGGAAAGGACACCCUCCACGGUGGCUUCGUCGGCUAUGACUCGCAGAAUUGGACGGUCACCGCUCACGACUCCUCCUCCAUCACUUUCUCCCUGCUGGACCAAGGCAUCUCAGACUUCCCCGGAGAUGUGAUCUCACAUGCCACCUUCAGUGUCUCAACUGAGAAGUCCGCCGAGAACCCCAAAGGUCUGCCGCAGCUCACCACUAAGCUGGUGUCCCUGGCCUUGACCAAGGAAACCCCUAUCAUGCUUGCCAACCAUAUUUACUGGAACUUGAACGCCUUCAAGGAUGACACGAUCCUCGAGAACACCUACCUGCAGCUCCCUCUUUCACAGCGCUUCAUUGCUGCCGACAGCCUUGAGAUCCCGACUGGGGAGAUCCUCGAGGUCAGCUCUGCUUACGACGGUGCAUUGGACUUCACCGAGGCCAAGCUGAUCGGUCAAGACAUCAAUAAGACUGAAGGUGUCUGCGGUGGUGGUUGUGUUGGCUACGACAACUGCUUCCUGGUGGACCGGCCCGCCGCCAACGGCGUGAACUCAGUCGUUCCUGCCGUUCGCGUGGGCUCCAACACCACCGGUAUCAGCCUGGAGGUCCUGACCAACCAGGCUGCCCUGCAGAUCUACACUUGCAAUGGCCAGAAUGGAACUAUUCCUACCAAGCAGUCGCAGGCCAAGCGUAACAAGGCCCAAGGCGGCGACUCAGGCGCUCCUCACGUUAACAAGUACGGCUGCUUCGUCAUUGAGACCGAAGACUGGAUUGACGGUAUCAACCAACCUCAAUGGGGCCGUGACCAGUAUCAAAUCUUCGGUCCCCAGGAUGCUCCUGCUGUUAACUUGGCCCAUUACCAGUUUGGCACUUUUUAA